AUGGUGCUCAAUGCAGCCUCCAAAACUGAGAUGUACAAAGUAUGGAUUGAUUCUCUGCUGCUUAUGCUUAACGCCAAAAAACCUAUCAGGAUUGAUAAUGAGAUUGCCACAUGCAUUGCCAGAGCUAGCUCAGUGUUUGAGAAGGUCCUAAAGGAAAGUGUGGAAGAGGAGAGAUAUCAGACUGACUACCAAACUGAAGGUCUAAAACUUCUUUCUAAAACUGAAGAAAACACUGAGAAAAUUUAUCAAAGGAGACCAAGAGCUUCUCUUUCAGCAUACAUUCUGUGCUUUCAGUUUCUCCACCAACAUGUGGUGCGACUUAUUGCAAUCCAGCCAAGCAAUGUUGCCCAUGGAUAUGUCGAAGUUAAGCCUGGUGUCCAGUUGCAUUUCGUGGAGAUGGGCUCUGGGCCUGUUGUGCUUCUCUGCCAUGGCUUUCCUGAAAGCUAGUUCUCUUGGAGAUAUCAGAUCCCAGCUCUAGCAGAAGCAGGCUACCGGGUUAUUGUUCCAGAUAUGAAAGGCUAUGGCGAUUCUUCUGCCCCCUAUGAAAUCGAAGAAUAUUCACAGAAAGUCAUAUGUAAGGAAAUGAUUACAUUCCUGGAUAAGUUGGGCAUUUCUUAAGAAGUGUUUAUUGGCCAUUACUGGGGUGGUACUAUGGUGUGGAACAUGGCUCUCUUCUAUCCAGAGAGAGUAAGGGCAGUGGCCAGUUUGAAUUCACCCUUCCGUCCAGCAGACCCAGCUGUGCCUUUUAUACAGAAGAUAAAAUCCUACCCAGUCUUUCAUUACCAGCUCUACUUCCAAGAACCAGGAGUGGCAGAGGCUGAAUUGGAGAAGGAUCUCACCCAGACAUUUAAAUUAACUUUCAGAGCAAGUGAUGAGAAAAAGGUAUAUAUGUAUAUUGAGUGUCUUUCUUCUAUAGGAAUUUUGAAAAAAUCUGAGAAUCCCCCUCGGAGCUGGAUGGUAACAGAGGAGGAGAUUGAAUUCUAUGUGCAGCAAUUCAAGAAAUCUGGGUUCAGAGGUCCCUUAAAUUGGUAUCGGAACUUGGAUGCAAAUUGGCGGUGGGGUUGCACUGGAGUCAGAAGGAAGAUCUUGAUUCCAGCCCUGAUAGUCAUAGCUGAGAAAGACAUGCUUUUACUUCCAGAAUUUUCUAAGAACAUGGAAAAAUGGAUCCCCAACCUGAAACGGAGAAAUAUUGAGAAUUGUGGACAGUGGAUUCAGAUAGAAAAGCCAAAAGAAGUGAAUCAGAUCCUCAUUGAGUGGCUGAAAGAUGUGGCCAAGAAUCCUGUUGAACUCUAUGCUCUGAUGUUGAGUAUGUGUGUGUUGGGGGGGGGGGGAAUCCUUUGAAUACCUCUGUUAUUUCAUAGGGAAAGAAUAUUCUUAUUAAAUGAUAGCUUUCUCUUCCAUCCACUCCCUUUAACCAACAGUAUUAUAUUAAGGCUGAUGCACCAGAAAGGCAAUAGUGCUUCCUUCUCUUCUUCCUACAGAAACACCAACCUCUGUAAGUAGGAAGGAGUAGGAGCUGCCCUACUAGAGAUUCAACUAGCCAGUUGAGCAAACACAAAACUUUUUUUUCCCUCUGCUUUCUUUUCUUUUCUUCUUUUCUUUCUCUGUGGACAGAGGGAAUUUAUCCUCACCUGUGAGUUCUCUGGCCAAAAGAAUAUAAGAUUUGAGCACUGAGAUUUUGCAAGAUAUUUUUAGGUUUAUGGACAAGGAUUGACUGACCAACAAUGGAUCACAGGUCAAGUCUCAGUUGGUCAUUUUGCCUUGAUUGAUUCAAGGUGAAUGUAAAUAAUAAUUGUUUCUGUUUUGACCAGAAAUCCUGAGGUUCUUCUUUCAUAUUGAUUUUUUUGGUACUAGGUAAAAGAGGCCAUUCUCUGCCUCAUUUCUGACCUAGAUUAGUGACUGAACGGGUCUUGCCUCUGUCACAAUGAAGCCUGUUAAAGUCUUUAGCUUAAAAUGGCGAAUUCUCCCUCUGCAUUCAAUUUCCAAUCUUCCUGAUCUGUAUCUCCUCAUUGGACCCAAUUGGCUUCAGGGGAGAAAAUAAGACUGGUGACUUUGCAUAGAUCUCCUUCAUACCAAUCCAAUUCACUUGCAUGUCAUGGCAUCACCUCCCUGAUAUCAUGGACCUCUGAGAAUAAAGGACGAAUAACAACAACUAUAGGACACACUACAAUUAAGGGUUUCAGUUCUGAAAAAAAAGAAAAAAGGGAAAUGAGCCCACCCAUGCUUUCUUGGUGCAUUUGAUGUUCAUAUUUACUGAGCAAAAAUAGAAAGCAACUUGAAUCAUUCCCAUGGAUAUUUUCUUCCUUGUGAUAACCAUUAGAAUAGGCCAUAGUUAUGAAAUAAUAGUGAUUUAAUUUAAGUAAUGGGACUGGGAAAGAAUAAUCAUUACCAACUGGCUCAGAAAUCAGAAGGUCCCGAGUUCAGUUGCAGUUCAAUCACAUAGUAAAUGAAUGGGUUUGGCAACCUAUCCAAGUUUUCUGAACCUUAUCCAUCCACUGAGAGUUGAAUUAGAUAAUCUCUCUAGUCUCUUCAAUCUCUAGUAUGAAUAUAUCGAUCAGAAAAUUUAAAAUGGGGCAAAUUUUUCAAGAUAAAGAAACAGCUAAAUGAGUAAAGUCUCCUGAUUAUUCUUGAGGUGUAAAAUGGGGGAAGUAAAACUGGUGUUUCUACUUUGAAUGUUAAAUAGUAUUGCAAAUUAAUUUGUUAAUCAUGAUUGUGACUACAAUAAAAAAAAAUUGUAAAAGACACAAUGACAUUGGGUUUACUUCAUUUAGGAGGUAAGUAGAUGAUAUCUUGGAAUGAAAUCAAUGAUGAUAGACCCAACGGCAGAACAGAUAUUUUCUGUGAAUCUGGGUUAAAGGAGAACCCUAUGGGCUGCAGGUUUUGGUUAUGGGAAAGCAGAAAACAAGUGGAAUGCAAAGGAGAAAACUUGCAGACUCUGGAAUUCAUGUCAAGCAAAAGGAAGUCAUCUCAAUUUUCAUCAGAGGUUGGUCUGGCAUUACUCAGAA